UCCAGCCACCCCAUUGAACAUCAAUGUCAACUAUCUCCGUCCUAAUUUCAAGCCACCGUUAUGAUUUCAAAUUCAGAGAAGAGAUUACGAAACAAUAAUUACUGAGUCGAUUUACGUUUCGAAAUUAAUUUGACGAUGGUCGCAAAACAAAUCCUACUCGCUCACCUAGUUCCUCCCCUGGAGGUCUUUCUUGAAUUCAUCUGGAUACCGCUAUCAGAGGGGUAGCUUCACUAACAAAGGUAGAAGUUUGGGUGUAUUGGAUGUUGUGGAAAUCAACGACCUGUUUUGUAUUUUGUUAAUGCUGUUGCAUGGUACAGAGGUUGCUUUGGCAAUCAAAGGUUUUCUUUUUCUUUAGUCUGACCUUUAUCAAAGGUUUAUCCGAUUAUGGAUCCAUUGAAUUUUCAAGGGUUGCAGGUGCUUUAUGGCAAAGAAGGAGUAUCCCUAUCUAGAGUACAGGUGUGAUUUAUUGAAGUUUGGAUGUGUGAUGACGGAUGAGCUUAGAGCAGACAUAACACAAGAGAAACUAGAUUUGAUCCAGAGAACACCAUUUGGGAGUUUGUUUAUGGCGUAUUACAAUGUUACAUUAAUAGAAUCUGCUUGCAAAAAAUCUGAUUUGGAAAUAGUGGCUCUCUUGAAGUGUUUUAACCAGCAAAACAAAAGUUUUAUGUUUGGGGAGUUCACCGGUACUAUAACCAGCAAAGACAUCUCUGAGUUAUUUGGCUUAACACUCAUUGGGGAAGAAAUUAACCUAGACCAGAAGAAGAAGAAAGAGGAUGCCGGGUUCAGGACAGGACAACUGGGCGGAGUUCCGAGGAUGAGCAAGGCAAUAUUAGAACAAAAAAUAAAACAUGUAGCUAAGUUGAGAGGGAAUGAGGAUGAAAAAGAUUUUAUAAGGCUUGUCUGUCUCUACUUUUGCGUUACAUUAUUCCUCUGCAAUAGUGGUAAUGAACUCGGUUGGAAUGUCGUCUCAUAUAUAGAGGAUAUUGAAACAAUGUCGCAGUAUGCAUGGGCACCUUUAGUGUGUGAUCAUUUAAUGGAAUCGAUUAUGAAGAUGAAUGGUCAUCCUGAAACUGCAUGUGGGUGUGUAAUUGCUCUGCCGGUAAGUAUUGGUUUUGUGAGCGGACUCUCUUCAUUGAACCGAUGAGAGGAAGGGAACAAAUGGAACCGAAAAUUGUGAAAUGGAAUUUGCUGGAACUUUUUGCUAGGAUGAAAGUGGUCUCUAUU